CAUCUGAGAAAACAGUUCAUUGCUAUGUUAACGCUCCAACCAGUAACAACUACCAAAAAGUCAGCGCAGUAAAAACGAGAGCGAGAGAGAGAGAGAGAAAGAUCGCGAACGAAAACGAACGUUCAGUUAAUUAAUUAAAAACAAACAAACGAUCGUUGUUUCGUUGAAGUUUCGGAAGUAAAAGCAGCAUACUUAUAGCUCGUGUUAUUUCGCGGUCACCUCACAGAAAAGUGAAUCCCCAUUGACAAUAAAACAGACCGAAAAAAAACUCGCAAUCGGCAACAGUAACAUAAACAAGACUUGAAUGGAAAAACGAUUAUUGAUAAUUAAAUGAGAAGAGUGAUGAACAACAGAUUCAAGCAGAACGUCAUUCACCUCUCAUGAGUGUAUAAAUAAAAAACAGGAACGUCAUAUCAGUGCUACAACAUCAAAGAAUUAAUACAAAAAUAAAAAAAACAAAACAAGGCUAAAGCCAAACAGUAGUCGGAGUAUAAAUGUGCACAUAUUUAAAGAGCUCAAACAAAAUUACAUCAAAAUGGGCAUAAGGGUUUUUGACAACAAUGAAGAUGUACUAUCCGAUGAAGAUUGCAGCACCUGCUGCAGCUGCUCCCAAGCAACAACUACUACCUCUAGUGGUAUUACACAUAAGGCCAACACUUCCUCUCACCUAAAAGACAAAGCCUAUUGGGAUAUAGUGGAUAAUUGUAAGGAGGUCACCUUGGAAUCGAAUACUUCUAAUUUGCGUAUUAUUGGAAAUAACAAUCGUAUUUACAUCACCCAUAAUUUGGGAAAUUUAAUUAUAAUUGGCAAUAAUACAAGACUGAAAGUACAAAAUAACCAUGGCCAAAUCAAAUAUACCGGAAAUGAUGGCCGCAUAAGCCUGGGCAAUGAAUCAACACAACAAAUGGUCGAUUACAUAGGCUGCAAUGGCACACUAAAAAUUGUCAAUGCCAUGAAAUUUUCUAAAGGCAAAAAAUGUACGGCGCAAAGUACAGUGUUAACUAAGAAAAAUAAAACCCCCGCAUGUAGAAUGUAUGGCGAGACUACAGCUGCAGCCACCAAGAAAACAUCAUUCUGCUGUUGCUGCAAAAAGCAUGGCAGUGAGAGAAAAUUCGUAGAAAUCCCUGAAAUGAAAUCAACCUCAAACACCAAAGCUUCAAGUGCUAACAGAAAUCCCAAAUCUAAAGAAAAAUCCCAUUCAUACAGUGGGCCAAGUUGUCACAGCGAACAAACACAUUGGGAGACAUUUAGUAUGCUAUUUAAAAAUAUGUCAAAAAAUUCUAUGCCAAAUUUAAACAGCAUGGGAUCGCAUACCCAGGAGGUGGAAGGCGCUGCUUACUGCUCAAAACCUAACUCUGCAAAAAAUAUCGUACAAACGAUUGAGAAUAUUGUUAUAUCGAAUGCAUCUAAUAUUUGUAUAUCACCCUAUGUAAGGAAUAUCACAACACAGGCAUAAAAAUGUUACCAAAUAGUUAUACAAAAAAAUUUAAAAAAAGACUUUUAGUUAAUAGGCAUAUGAUCUAUAGUUUGUUAAAUAUCCAAAGAAUAUGCUUAACAGAGUCUGCCAAACACACAAGAUAAAAUAACUUUAACCUGAAAUCAGUAUUUUUGCAAGCGUUUUAAAAAUGUGACGAUCAAAAAAGUAAUUUUCCAUGUAGAGUCCCUCUAGUACUUUGUAUUUUAAAUUCAUAUUUAAAAUAUUAGAAAUUAGUUUUAAGUAAA